AUGCUUGGUCGCCUCAUCCCGAUUGCGUUGAUCGCGCAGUGCCAUGCCUACGCACGCGUGUCGAUCCCUGUCACUGGGCAGCUGUUUGGAGGAGAGAGCUUCGAGAUGCAUGCCGAGAUGAUGAAAGAUGUACACUCUGGACUGGGCAAGCUCGAGGUGCUCGGAGAGUGCUGUGCCGACCCAGGUGAAGCGAGCGAGGUGUCGGAAGCGAUCAACAGCAACCAGGUGUAUGGCAACGUCAAGGAGGUCGACAAGGAGAUCUUCAAAGUGGGCAGCACCCAGUGCCGCCAGAUGCGGGAGUCAGAGCAGAAGAACCCAGCCAACAAAGCUUGCUCCUACUUCUUCGUUUUUGAGAACACGAAGCAUGCGGACCACGGCUAUGCAGCGAAUUGCGUGCCAGCCCAGAUGUGCAAAGAUGACGUCGUGGGCAUGACGAAGGGCAAAGUCGCGACCUACGGCGUGGUCAUGCAGAUUCUGCAGCAGAACUUGGGAGGGUUGAAGUACAUCGGGAAAGGCCCCCUCGGCAAGUGCCUGGAAGGCAUGACAUCAAUCAACGAGGGCAAUCUCAAGGGACUAACGAAGGAGGAGCGCGCCGUGAAACUCGGCGGCCUCAAUGUCUUGGCAGACAUUGCUUCCGGAGGGAAAUCGGCUGCCAUGAAGACGACUUUCCAGUUUGAUGGCAUGGAGAAAGUUCCAGCGGUGAAGAGCUUCAACAAAUGCGUUGACGAUGCCAGCGUGGGCUACCUCUUCGUGUUCGGGAACAAGUAUUGGAGCGGUGACAAGAGCACCGUUGAUCUGGGUGACUUUAUGGAAGAGAGGGAGAAGCAGACCAAGAUCAAGGAAGAGAAGAAGAAGGCGGCCGAAGAGGCAAAAGCG